CACGUGCUUUGGCGUCCCUUCUUUUUCAUGUGAAGGCUUCUCUCGUAAGCACCUAUCGCAAGAUUUUUCUGGUUCAGCGCUGGUAAAAUUUGGAAAUUUUCAACUAACUCGACCAGAAUAUAAACAUGGCGACCAAAGAAGUCAACCCCGAAAAGCCCGGACAAGAAACCGCCCCAAUUCACAGAAUCAGGAUCACUUUGACUUCCCGCAAUGUGAAAUCGUUGGAAAAGGUCUGCACCGACCUCAUCGAUGCCGCCAAAAAGCAAAAGUUGAGGGUUAAAGGGCCAGUCCGUAUGCCAACCAAAAUUUUGAAGAUUACGACCAGGAAAACUCCUUGUGGUGAAGGUUCCAAAACUUGGGACAGAUUUCAAAUGAGAAUCCACAAGAGAGUCAUAGACUUACAUUCCCCAUCUGAAAUCGUCAAGCAGAUCACUUCCAUCAACAUCGAACCGGGUGUAGAGGUUGAGGUCACAAUCGCCGAUGCUUAAUUUUAAGCAUUUAAUUUGAUUUUUGGUUACAAAUAAAGUUUUGUAUCUAAAAUGUAUUUGUUUUAUUUUUAUUGAGAUUAGAAUAUCCCCAUUCAUUAUUUAAGAAUCUUAAAAAAUUGAAAAUUCAACCUUCAUUUAAAGGAGUUUUCCUGAUGAUA